AUGUUAAGACGCAUGUUCAUGAAUGCGAUCUGCAGCUGGAGAGCUUUACUGACCUUUUGUGUUUGUGGAGUUAUUGCACUCUUUCUCAAUCUCCCUCUGCAACCUAUUAAAUCUGUCACUCAAAAUCAAAUCCUGACGAAUGCUUCCAAAGUUGUGGUAUUCAAUCGAGUCCCCAAAACCGGCAGCACAACUGUGGUUCGCAUAUUCGAAACUCUUAGCGAGCGAAACAACUUCCACGUUUAUCGAAUUGCCAUCUUCAAUCCCACUCAACUUAUUAAUCCUCUCUCCCAUAAAGCUUUCGUGGAGGAGGUUAGGAUGCUAUCUCAGGACUUUAAUCUCCUAGUUCAUGGUCACUUUUAUUAUAUCAAUUUCCGCAGGUACGGCAUUAACAUUGACUAUGUUUACAUAAAUUGUUUGCGAAACCCGUUGGAGAGGCUUGUUUCAAAGUAUUAUUUCAUGCGUUUCGGAGAUUAUCACCGACCUAACACUCAAAGACGCCGCAUGACAAACGAUAGCCUUCAAACGCAAACAUUUGAAGAGUGCGUUGAAAAUGGAGGUGAAGAUUGUGACCCCAGGCAUCUCUGGGUUCAGAUUCCAUUCUUCUGCGGCAGUGCGGCAUAUUGCAGCAUUCAUGGCAACCCCGAGGCACUAAAAACUGCAAAGCGUCGACUAAUAGAGGACUAUCUUCUAGUAGGCGUCCUGGAAUACUUCACUGAGUUCAUGGAGCUAUUAGCUCAUCUCAUACCCGAAUAUCUCACCGGUAUUGAACAGACGAAAGAUGUUAAAAUUGGUGGUCAGCCAUUAUGGCAUUUACGGAAGACUAAGCUAAAGGCACCAAUCCAACAGAACACACUCAACGUGUUUCGGAACAAUAAUAUUUGGCGGAUGGAGGAGGAGUUUUACGAGUUUGCAAGAUCUGAAUUCCUUAGUCGUUAUCAGCGCUAUAAGCACACACUUUUUGAUUGGAAUAAAUGGAGGAAAUCAGUCUUUAUUCGUAGCAUCUGA